AUGAAGUUCGGGAAGAGCGUGUGCGUGCUGAACGUGGGGGGAACCCGUUACGCCUUCACCCGAGAAGUGAUCAAGGAUUUCCCUCUGAGGCGCGUGAGUCGUCUCCACGCGUGCGCCACGGAGAAAGAAGUCCUGGAGCUCUGCGAUGACUACGACCAGGAUCGGAACGAGUUUUUCUUUGACCGUCACGCACAGGCUUUCGUCUUCAUCAUGCUUUACGUCCGCUCGGGCAAACUCCGCUUUGUUCCCGGUGUGUGCGAGCUGUCGUUCUACUCCGAGAUGCUCUACUGGGGGCUGGAGAGCGCGCAUCUGGACGUGUGUUGCCAGAAGCGCCUGGAUGACCGUAUGUCAGAGAUCGGACUGGAUAGUUUGUCUGAGUCCGGCGACGAGACGCAGGGUCCGGAGGAGGCGACCAUUGCGCUCACGGGUCGCGCCAAAUGGUUGGAACUGAUGCGCAAAACAUUCGAAGAGCCCAAUUCGUCUUGGGUGGCGCAGAUUUUGGCGUCGAUCUCUGUGAUUUUUGUCAUUAUUUCUAUGGUUAUGCUUUGCGUGAGCACUUUGCCGGACUGGGACACGGCGAAGAGGAAAACAGUGGAGGAAAACAGCAAAAUGGCUUCUGUGGCAUGUGGCCUCAAGGCUCCGUCUCAACUGUGA